CGAACGAGCCCAUGCUUUAAACACCUCUAUAUAUAGCACCAACUGGAGCCAGGAUUACAUUAACACGACACAGGAAGGAACAUCACCCUCAUCAUGGCUGGAGCUCCGUGCUUCCAGGAGUUAUUCUCGAACUUGAUAAAGAAGCUGAAGGAAAUGGAGAAGGUGAAGGAGGUGAGCGGUCACUUUGGUCCUACACACAGCAUAGAGGAUAUGUUCUCUUAUCUCUGGGGGCUAGAGGAAGCUCACACUUACCUUCAACCGACUGUGUUUGGUUCAGGUAAAUCUGACGCCGAGGCAGAAAGACUCCGUGCUGAAGGCAAUAGAUUCUACCAGAGAAAAUUCCUUGAUAAAGCUUUAAAACUGUAUAAUCUUAGUAUAAUGUCCGCCCCACAUCCUAGGGUCAGUGACGACAUCAAAACUGAUAAUUUAACUGAAAUUUUUGAUAGCACUAAUGAAGAUGCAUUUAGAUCCUUAGCUCUCGGAUAUGCUAAUAGAUCUGCCGUGUUGUUUGAGCUGGAACAGUACGGUAGAUGUGUAAGUGAUAUAGAUAAAGCACUCAGGUACGGUUACCCAAAGCUAUUACACAGUAAGCUAGCGGAGAGAAAAGCAAAAUGUCUCAUUGCUCAGAGGAAAGAAAAUGAAGCAAAGGAAUUAUUAGAGUCUUCACUUCAAGCCUUAGAUGCUAUGUCACUGGAUGAAUCACAAACUAAGUCAUCCAGAGAUGCUUUAUGUCAACUCCUACAACACUGCCGGACAGAUGAAGGUUCAGUUGGCUCGUCAGUGAAACCAGAUAACACUGAUACACCAUUAUCCUUAUCAUCAGCUACCAAAGAGAAGUUAUUAUUUGCUUAUGAAACUCCCAAGCCGCCAGAACUCUCACACCCCAGCUCCACCAUUCCGUCACUGAGCAGCGCUGUCAGACUGGCCUUCUCUCCAUCCCAGGGGCGCUAUCUUGUGGCCGAGAGAGACAUUAAACCCGGUGAGGUGUUGGUGGUAGAGGAAGGGUAUAGUAGAGUCCUUCAGUUAGACUCCUCCUUGCGUACCCACUGCUCUGGUUGCCUCGCCCGAUGUCUUCAUCCAUUGCCGUGCCCUUCCUGCUCAAAAGUUAUCUUCUGUAGCAGUGAGUGUCAAGUACGAGGUCUCACAUCAUAUCACAGUCGAGAAUGUGGCGUACUUCCCGCCCUGACUGCCCUAGACAUGGGUAAAAACUCUGUAUUGGCCUAUAGGAUACUUAUACAAACUUCCUUUACUCGACUAAAAGACGAGGUGCCGGUCUACCUCGGUGAAGCAGCUGAACGUACGCCAGAGAGACUUGGGUUUAACGACAGAGGAAUAUACGACUCCACCGACUAUAGAACCAUCUACCAUCUUGUGACCAAUAAAGAGAGUCGUUCUGUAAGCGACCUGUUCAAGAGGUGCGCCAUGGCCCUAACGUUAACCAAAUUACUGCAAGAGAGUCGACGGUUCUUUGUUGACGCGGCUGGUGAACCCUUUAUCCCCAGUCAUGAGGAUCUGGUGGUUGCUGGUUCCACACUCUUGGUCCAUAUGAUGAACUUACCUUGCAAUGCUCACUCCAUCACUGAGUUACAGGUGGAUGUCAGUAAUUUUCAGAAGAGCGCCUCUCAAGAAAUUGGUUGCGGAUCUUUCGGAGUGUUGAGUUUGACUAACCACUCGUGUAAUCCAGCCGCUGCCCGCUCCAGCUACGGCAGUGUUGUGGUCCUCCGGGCUAUACGACUCAUAGGUCAGGGGGAAGAAGUAACCGACUGUUAUAGUGAACACUAUGGCAUAAAUGGAGCUGAAACGAGGAAAGUAUCUCUCAUGCAACAAUAUUAUUUCCCCUGCUCUUGUGACCCUUGUCAAUACAACUGGCCCACAUAUCUUAGUUUGUCCUCAAAGCUCAAACUCAAGUGCUUAAAAUGUUCAAAAGCAUUAAAUUGUGAAAAGGGGCAGUGUAAUCAAUGUAAACUGAGCUAUACUGAACCUGUAGGGAAUAAAGUCAAUGGAGAUGUUACAUACAGCUUGAAGGUUGUGGAGGAACAAGUCAAGGAAGCUGUUGUCUAUUACGAGGACGCUUACAGAGAUAUUAUCGAUGGAUACAAUUCCUUAAAAAAUGAAGAAUCGAUUUGUAAUGUCAUUCAGCUUAUAGAUAAAUAUAUUGAACAGCCUAAUAAAGUUUAUUUUGAGGCCCAAGAAACGCUGAAACAUUGCUUUGAUAGGCAAGGUUCUUGUGUAUUCAAGAAGGAGGUACUACUUUAAAAUGGCUGUCAAUUACAUAUAACUCUUUUUGUACCUUCUGUAUUUACCCUUGUGUGAUAACAAUAGAUGGUUGUUUUUGUGUACUUACUGUAUAUACACAAUUGUUAAUAUCUAAAAAAAGACAAAUGUGUUCUAGAGUUUUCAAACCUUAACCAAAGAAAUAAAAAGAUUUGUUUGUCAUAAAAUAUAACUUGUAUUAUAGACAUCAUUCAGGUACUGUAAAUAGCUUCUUCUUAUUUUGUCAAUGACGUCCAGGACCAUCUACUGUACUGUGUAUUAUACAAAGUGCCUUUACAUGUAAAUCAAAGCAAUUUAUUACACAGGAGCAUCAGAGUACAUGUAUAGUGUAUAAAAUGGAUCCUCUUGUAGUGCAGGACAUAGGUUGUAUAAUGAACAUUUCUGAGUAACAAAACUUCUUUACUGUUGGCAAUUUUAUAUAUAUUUAUUAUACUGUUGUGCUGUUGAAUGAGCAUUUAACUCUCUCAUACAUAUGCCAUAGUCUUUAGUGUGAUUUUGCAGGUGAGAUAGUUUGUAAUACCUCAUUAACACAGGUAUGUAUUUGUGAAUAUUUAGACAUAUACCACAAAAGUAUAUUUAUUUGCUGUAAAAGUCAUAGAUGAUUGUAGCUUUACUUGAUUUUCACCACUGAUCAACCUCUUAGCCUCUUGGGCAGUCAGUCACGUCUCUGUUACACACUGUUGGCAAGUAGUAGUCAUGUACUGGCUGUGGAAUGUAUCUCUACCUGUACAAUACCAAUCUUUCCUUUUAUGAUAUUAAUUUCUUUCAUCAGUGUGAAUUAGAGGCUAAUGAAAUCAAAUAACAAGGUGUUGGUUGGACUUUUAUAAAAAUAGGUUAUAUGGUAAUUAAUCUUUAAUAUUUAAAGACUUUUUUUAAUUUAUUGAUUAAUAAUGGUGCUCAUAUCGAAAUGAUUAUGUUCUAGUUAACAUAAAGCUGCUUAAGAUGGAAUAUUUUAACCUUUUUAACAUAAUUGCUGUAUAAUAAUCAUUCAGUAAUUGAAUGAUUGAUUUUUUAUUUUUUAUUUAUUUAUUUAUUUGUUUAUUUAUUUAUUCAUUUAUUAAUUUUGCCAACCCAUGGGAGCAGGAUGACCCACGACCCCUACCAUGGGCCAGGGUAGCUAUCACAGAUCAGGGGCAAUGGGUUGAUAUUAGACAAGUGUACAUCCCCUCUGUUUGUCUCUAUAUUUGUGAACCCAUUGAGUUUUACGACAAGCUGGUGGGGUGGAGGAGAUAUACCAGUCUUCAGGAGAAUAGUGAUAUUAUUCCUUCACCAGACCUGUAGAUGGUGCUUAUACUCCUACAGGUAUUAAGAAAUAUUCCAAGAACUACAGUAUAAAUCUAAAUGGUUGGGAAAUACAGUUCUACAGAAAUAUACAUUAAACUAAAGAAUAUCAAUGGUGCUAUUAAUGUUUGUGUAUUUUCAUGAAUAUUAAUUUAGAAUUGUUCCGCCUUUUGGCUAUAUAUAUUACAUAAUUUUCUGUUGAUUUUGCUAUUAAAACUCUCUAUUUCAC